GAUGCAUCCACUCCUAGUGACUUAUAAUUUCCAAUGAAACUAUUUUGUUCUUCGAUAUUACUAUUCUUUUUGCGUCAUAUCUAUGUUUAUUGUCUCUAUUUUGCGUUUCUUUUUACUUUCCUCUCUGGAUUUGUGUGCUGAGUGAAGUGUAGCGAAUCGAACUGCUGCACACCGGUGCAAAGUUCUUUGUUGAAACCAGACAGACUAAUCCUCGUGUUUUUUCCUCCUGCGUAUUUCUGCUCAUUGUAGUUGGUUUGAGUUUCUUUUUUUCUCUCCUCUACCUGUGAUCUGCACGUGAUUUGGCAAGUUGAACUUCUGCAGUUGUGCGAAAAGUUCCACGUUGAAACUCAAUUAGUCAGACUUUGAUAUGUAAGCAGAUCAACAAUGGAUUAUCAUCUUAUGGUCCGAGCGAUGCUGGGGACAUCACUCGUACCAAAUUCCCAAGAAACUUCAUGAACUCGUUCAUGAAGCCGGCUCAUCCUCCCGUAGGAGAUAGCCGAAGUAAAGUAAAGUAAAACGAAACCAGUACGUCUGCUUGAAAGAUCCAUCUAUAGUAGUCGAUAUUGUUUCACAGAAAAUAUGCAUAAUAAUGGCAGUAUUUCAGAUGCUGACUAUGAAGAACUUCUUCGUAUAUUUCAAUGGGUAUUUAAAAAUAAAAGUAUACCUAUUGAUUUAAUCGUUUAUCUUCGUGCCAGUCCAACUGUAUGCAUGGAGCGUAUACGAGCCCGUAAACGUUCUGGUGAAGGCGACAUUCCUCUAGAAUACUUGGAAGAAUUGCAUAAACUUCAUGAAUCCUGGUUAAUAGAACGACGUUUUGGACCACUUCCUGCACCAUUAUUAGUUUUCGAUUGUAAUGCAGCAUUACCUGAACUUUUGUCAGAGUAUCGAUCACACAAAGAAGAAGUGAUGUGUGGUAUCCAGUUAUAAAAUUGUUAAAUUUCAUAUUUUUCAAGAAAGAUAGACUUCUUCUUACACAGCCUUUUUUUGUUUGUAAACUUUUUUUUGUAAAUUUUCAACAAUGUUUAACUUUAUAUCUGAGAUUUUCUAAAGUGUUAUUAUUUCCCUUUUUUUUGAAAAUAUUUUGAUAAUUUUUCUGUCAUUUCGUGUAUUAUAAAUGUUCAUUUUUAGAUUUGUUUUAAUAAUAAUAAAGUAAAAAUGAAAUAUAUAUUCAUUAUUCUUUUUGUAUUUGAAAUACAUUUUGUAUGGAA